AUGUCAUCUAAUAACUCUGUAGGAAGAAUGUCACUGAUGUUAUGUCCGAAAGCACAAAAACUGUGUGAUUCUAUGAUGGGUAGUCGCUCCAUUUCUCAGAAAUCAUCAAUCCCUACAUCUAACAACUAUUACAAAAAAAAAUUUGCAUAUAUGAGGACUGUUACCGCCAAAGUUGAUAUAUUCAGCUUCGGAGUAAUAAUCUUGGAGUACCUUACAGCACAAAGGCCAACAGGUCUUGCAGAAGAGGACGGAUUACCAGUCACCUUGAACCACAUUGUAGAAAGGGCCAUUGCAGAAAACAAACUACUUCAGGUUAUAGACCCAGCUCUAGUUUCAAACCUUACUGAAAAUCAAGAUAAGGUAGCAGAAGAGCUUCUGAAACUAGCCCUCUUCUGCACCUCGUCUGCUCCUGAACAACGACCGGAUAUAAAAUCUCUGCUAACUUCACUAAAAAAGCUUAAGGUACAGCAGAGUCGUCAAGAUUGGCAAUAA